AUGGUAGCAGCAGCUAAAAUUUUAGGAGCAGGAUUAGCAACUAUUGGACUAGCAGGAGCUGGAGUUGGUGUUGGAUUAGUAUUCGCCGCUUUAAUUAACUCUACUUCUCGAAACCCAUCUCUACGACCUCAAUUAUUCUCUUACACAAUUCUUGGAGUCUCUAUGGUAACAUGUAUUGUCGCAUUAACAGAAGCAAUUGGUUUAUUCGCACUUAUGAUGGCAUUCUUACUAUUAUACGCAGCAUAG